AUGUCGCCAAACCACCGAUACAACCUCGUCACAGACCGUGACAAUGAAGAAGUCAAGGACGAGCUUCACGACGAAACUCCACCUGCUCGCACACCCUGGUUGAAGUACCUGUUCUUCCUACUGCUGGCAUUUAGCACUGCGUUCGGCGCUACUUUCGGAGUUGUAGUUGCCAACUCUUAUCUUCAAUCCAGCAACAGUGUAGCAUCCAGUGCCACCCCGUCCCCAACGUUGACCUCAGAGCUCGCUCUUCCCCCUACCACUUCUGUCGACGACCAGGAAGACGGUACCGACAAUGAUCCCGCCGAACUACUCGGCAAGAUCCUCGAUUGCGGACACUCCUUCGAGGAAGCUCGCGCCAAGGGCUGUGUUUACGACGUCAUGAUGCAAGAUUGGGUCCCCGAGCCUUGCUACGACCCCGUUCUGACCGAAAGAUACCUCGCCGAAGGAAACUACACCUGGUACAAAGACGGCGACGGAACCGUCAUGUCAGACGAGGAAAUGCGGAAAGGCGAACACGGCGACGCAUGGAUGACAGGAAAUUACCACAAAGCCCACUGUAUCUUCUCCUGGGAAAAACUCAUCCGUGCUCUCCGCAACAACAAGGGUAUCAGUCAGGAACUUCUGUCCUACGAUCACGUCCUUCACUGUGAAAUGCAAACUCUUGGCGGAGAGAUGCACAAGAAACGUGACGAUGGCGGCAUUGGUGUCCGAGCACCCACUAACUAUGCAAAAUGUGCACUUUACAAGACCUGGAAAACCGAUUUUAUUCCCGACAAACACUCUUCCAUUGAGUAA